GGCAUUCAGAUGAUGGAUCCAAGUUUAAGCUAGAGUGUCUCACUUUGAUCUUGGGUUAUUUGAUGCAGUUGGCUUUAGAGUUGUGAAGCAAGAAUGGUUAUAGUAGGGGAAUUUGUAGGAGGGGCUGCUCUUGGCGCAGCAUUUGGCAUUCUCUUUGAUGUGGUUAAGGAGGCUCUGGAGAAAUCUGCAAAGUUUAAACCCCUACUCCAGACCAUUAAGUCCAGUCUCGAUUCUUUACGACCGGUGAUCCAACAGAUAGAAAUGCACAAUUCUGAGUUGAAUCUCCCAACCCAGGAAAUUGAAUCAUGUCUGAAGCAGAUGGAGGAAGGCGUUGAGCUCGUCCGCAAGCUAUCCAAAGUUUCCAAGUGGAACUGCAAGAAGCCUCGUUACACUGAUCAACUUGUUAAGUUGGAUGGAUCCCUUAAGAGAAUGAUAGAUAUACUGAAGGUGCAGGAAGCAAGGGAUGUGAAGGAAACAUUGGUGCUGGUGCGGAGUAUAGAGACUGUGGUUAAGCGAAUUGAAGGAAAUGGUUUGGUACAAAGUCAAUUUGAGAUCAAUGGUUGUUGUCCAGUGCUUGACCAUGAACCUCCUCCGACGAUUAUAGUUGGAGUGGAUGCUCCAUUGAAGGAACUAAAGAAGAAUUUUCUCAAGGAUGGGGUGUCAAUGCUUGUACUGACCGGUCCCGGAGGAUGUGGGAAAACCACAUUGGCAAAAGCUUUCUGUCAAGAUCAAGAAGUUAAAGAUAUAUUCAAGAGAAAUAUCUUCUUUGUUACUGUCUCUAAAACGUCCAACUUGAACCAUAUUGUUCGAGAACUAUAUCAACUUAAGGGCUUUCAGGUGCCUUUUUUCCAUACCGAAGUAACUGCAGUUAGCUGGCUGGAAAGAUUUCUGAGGGAAACAGUUCAACAUCCGCUAUUGUUGGUCCUAGAUGGCGUUUGGUCUGGAUCAGAAUCCUUUCUUCACAAGUUCGCAAUCAAAAUGUCAAAUCACAAGAUUUUGGUGACAUCAAGAUUUGCAUUUCCAAGAUUUGGUUCUCCGUACUACUUAGAAUCACUGAAAGAUGAAGAUGCAAUGACUCUUUUUCGUCAUUCUGCCUCUUUGGGAGACAGGAGCUCUAAUAUUCCAGACCAUAUUUCAAGAAAGAUAGUCGAGCGCUUAAAGGGAUUUCCCCCAGCCAUUAAAAUGGUAGGAAGGUCACUUUGCGGGCAGCCUAUUGAGAUUUGGAAAAAUAGAUUGACGCAAUGGUCUAAAGGUUCUUCUAUUCUUGAUUCGGAGAGUGAUUUGCUUGACUACCUCCAGACCAACUUAGAUUUCUUGGACAAAGAAGAAAUUACUAUUAAGGAAUGUUUCAUAGACCUUGGUUCAUUUCCUGAAGACCAGAGAAUCCCUGUUGCCGCCCUCAUUGAUAUAUGGACCGAGUUAUACAAGCUAGACGAAGACAGCAUGUCCAUUCAGAUAUUAUAUGAGCUUGCCUCCCAGGGUCUGGCAAAUCUUGUAAGCACAAGACAGGAUAACUGGGAGGUGGAUCAAUACUUCAGCGAACACUUUGUCACCCAACACUAUAUGCUCAGAGAGCUAGCAAUCCAUCAGACUAGACAGGAACCAAUAGCACUGAGAAAAAGAUUGAUUAUAGACAUAUGCGGAAACAAUCUUCCCACAUGGUGGACAGAACAGAAGUUUCAACCUGUUAGAGCGCGCUUAUUAUCUAUCUCAACUGAUGGAGUGUUCUCAACAAAAUGGCACAACAUGCAACUACCAGAAGGUGAGGUUCUAGUGCUCAACUUUCAGACAAAGAACUAUGCCUUACCCGAAUUUGUGGAGAAAAUGGAUAAACUGAAGGUUCUAAUAGUCACAAAUUAUGGAUUCUUACCGGCUGAGUUAAGCAAUUUUCAACUCUUGGGGUCUUUAUCAAAUCUAACGAGAAUCAGAUUAGAGCGCAUUUCAAUUCCUUCUCUAAUCAAUGACUCUGUACAAUUGAAGAGUCUGCAGAAGAUUUCCUUAUAUAUGUGUAACAUAGGCCAAGCUUUUAGCAAUCGCUCCUUUCAAAUUUCAUAUGCAUUUCCAAAUCUAGUGGAAAUAAACAUAGAUUACUGCCAUGAUUUGUUGGCUUUACCUUACAACCUUUGUGAUCUUAUUCAUCUAAAGAAGUUCAGUAUCACAAACUGUCAUAAGUUAUAUGCCUUGCCUGAAGAGAUUGGAAAGCUGGUCAACCUACAAGCUCUGAGGCUAAGGUCUUGUACACACUUGUUAGAGUUGCCAAAUUCGAUCAGGAGCCUCAAAAUGCUAUACUUUCUGGACAUCUCUGAUUGCUGCAGUAUUAAGGAAUUGCCUGAAGACAUUGGAGAGUUAUGCAGUUUGAAAAAGCUCCAUAUGAGGCAGUGUUCAAAAUUGCAGGAGUUGCCCCCAUCAGUUUUAUGGCUCAAGUCGUUAAAGGAAGUGGUAUGUGAUGAACAUGCAGAAAAAUUAUGGGAACCUUUCUUACCUUAUCUCAGAAAGAUGCACGUAAAGGUGGCCAAACAGAAUUGGCACCCCUACUCAAAUUGGAAUAAUCUUUUACUGACAAGGAUGGAAAAGACAGAGAUAGUUGACAGCAUGGUUAAAUCGCAGCUAAACACAGUUCAGGCUGAGUUGCAACAAGCAGAAUUUAAGGCUGAGAAAAAGGUGGCCAGAGAUGAUUGGUAUCUCACCCAGAGUCAGGCUAAUGUUGUAGUCACAAGGGUGGAGAAGAUAGAGGUGAUGGAUAGGCCAGUAAAAUCGCAGAUCGAGACUAUGAAGACAGAGUUACAAGCAGAAUUUAAGGCCGAGAUAGAAGCACUCAGAGACACGUUUACAAAAAAAUUUGAUGUCAUUACGGAUUUACUUAUCCACCUCAUACAAGGAAAGAAUGAGAAGGAAUGGGAAGGCAAGGACAUUCAAGAACGAAAAACAAGUGUUUUCGGAGACAGUGAGAGUGAGACUGCCAAAUCAAGACUCUGUAUGGAUAGAAACUCAAAUAAGGUAAUACACCAACUUCAAAAGGGCUAUCGGCUUAACCCUCUCCUGCCUGAGGAACAGAUAGCCAGGCGGUUUAGUGCAUGGAUCAGUAAUCCAAACACCAGACGGUGGAACUUGGAAAUCUUUGAUGCACCUAAAGAGUGGUUUAUAGACUUAAUGACCUCGGGCACAUGGUUAACUGACUCGCAUGUAGACCUGUUCUUGUAUUCUGUUCGCAAGAGAGCACAUCUUCAGUCCCAAUCUUCCUCUCAGUGUUGCACCAUCCUGGAUACUGUGUUUUGGAGUUGGAUGAAUGGGAGAUGGGAGGAUUUCCAGAAGAAUCCCAAGUACUAUAAGUGGGAUUCAGACCUUAGGGACUAUCCACUUGGCAAGUCGCCUAAAUAUGCUCGAAGAUGGAGUGAAGUUGAUCAUUUGUACAUUCCCAUCAACAUCAACAACCAGCAUUGGGUAGCUUUAUGCGCCGACAUAACACGAAGAAAGUUGACUGUAUACAAUUCUAUGCAUUCUGCAGCUCAAGAUGGGUUCAUUUGUGACAUACUGAAGCCAAUGGCGACGAUGUUGCCAACGUUACUUGUACAGUCGGGCUUUUACGAACAUAGGCCUGAGUUGUCCCCUCUGACUACUCCGUUUAAGGUGGUACAUUUAGCAGACAACAUCCCACAGCAGAUUGUCAGUGGCGACUGUGGGGUGUUCAUGCUCAAAUACAUAGAGAACUUGAGCUCCGGACUACCAUUGAGUUUUGCAUAAGCAGACAUACAACUGUUUAGGAAGAGAAUGGCAUUGGAGACG